GGCUGGCAAAUCGGAGCGGGGUGACAUCAGCGGCCACGUGACCCUACCUGGCUGGCGCGGGAGGGCGCAGGUGGGGCCGCAGCAGGAGGCACGCGGCGCACGGCUCCUGCAGCAUGUCCGUCAGCAGAAAGGACUGGUCGGCGCUGUCCAGCCUGGCCAGACAGUGGACUCUGGAGGAUGAGGAAGAGCAGGAACGUGAGCGCCGGCGUCGGCACCGCCACCUGAGCUCGACCACGGACGACGAGGCUCCCAGGCCCACCCAGAACGGAGGCCAGCCGGCCGUGGAGAGGUUGCCCAGCGUAGAGGAAGCAAAGGUGGCCAGGUCACCACCCCCAGCCUCCAAAGAUGAGGAGGAGGACGUCCAGGCCAUCCUCAGGACGCGGCAGGAGCGUAGGCAGAGGCGGCAGGCGGUGGAGGUGGCACAGGCCCCACUCCGGGCGCAGCUAGAGGCAGAGGAGGGGCAGGACAGCUCGGGCCCUGGGCUGGACGAGGAGCAGCCCCAGGCGCCCGAGAAGGAGGUGGAGCUGCCGCCUCACCGGAGGCUGAACCAGCAACGGCGGGGCCCCUGGGCCAGGGAGGAGGAGAGCUUGGCGGGCAGGGAGCCGGGAGUCGAGAAGCAGGGGGCCUCGGAGAAGACCCCGGUUCCAGACAAGAGCCAGGUUUCGGGGAGGUCCUCCAUUCCAGAGACGGCAUCAGCGCCUGAAAAGAGACUGGUCUCAGAGGAAACCUCCAUCUCCGAGAAGGCCCCGGGCCCCGAGAAGACAUCUGUGUCCGAGAAAAGAUCCAUCAUGGAGAAAAAAGCAGUUCUAGAAAAAACAAGUGUCUUGGAGAAGCCGCCCGGCCCGGGGAAGACAUCAGGCUCAGAGAGGAGACUGGUGUCUGAGAAAGCAUCGAUCUUUGAGAAGUCGUCAGCCACAGAGACAAAGCCGGCCCCCAAGAGGGCGGCAGCCUUGGAGCAGCCGGCCCCUGGGGGCAGCGCGUCCAGCACCAAAGAGUGGAGAGGAAGGGCCCUCCCUGAGAAGAGCCCCCGGGCCUCAGCCGAGCUGGGAGAGCAGGGGGCGGCCGGCCCUCCAGCUGUGCCUUCCCGCCUCCCGCCAAUCACUGUCCAGGUGAAAAUCCCCAGCAAGGAAGAUGAGGUGGACACAUCCUCGCCCACCCUGGCCACCUACAGCAGCUCCCUCAAACGCUCCAGCCCCAGGACCAUCUCCUUUCGGAUGAGCUCCCAGAAAGAAAACCUGGAGACGACCUUAACCCGCAGCGCCAGCGUGAGGCUCCCGGCCAGCACGGUCAAGUUAGGCGAGAAGCUGGAGCGAUACCACACGGCCGUGCAGAGAUCGGAAUCCGUCAAGAGUCCGGGCUCCUCCCGCACCGAGUUCUUCGUGACUCCCAUGGGUGUGGCCAGCAAGCGUCACCUCUUUGAGAAGGAGCUGGUGGGCCAGAGCCGAGCAGAGCCAGCCUCCAGCAGGAAGGAUAACUUGAAGCUCUCUGGGGUUGUGACAUCACGGCUCAACCUGUGGAUCAGCAGGACCCAGGGUUCUGGAGAUCAGGACCCCCAGGAGGCGCAGAGGGAGUCGGCAGCCGCCAGGAGGACCCAGCGGGGGAGCCCAGCAGAGCCCUCCAUGAGAGUGGACGUGGACGUGGAGGCAGUGACUUCACGUCUAUUUGCAAGGACGGGGGCAUCCGCGACGGGUCGGGAGCAGCCAUCAUGUCAACGUCUGGCUGCCGGAGGGUGGCUGGACCUUCUCCCCAGCUGAGUGCUUGUCUCCCAGCUCUCUGAGUUAAAUCCUGGCCUCGGAACGGCAUUCCUGCGAAUGAGUUAUGGCCUGUUCGAGGGACCGUUGGGCUUAUAAGAACCAGUAACCCACAGGAAGGAGCUCAGGGUAAGGGACAAUUUAGGAAAAGCAAUUCCUAAGUCCUGGGGGAUUCUGGGCCAGGACGCCCAGCGAGGCUGGGCCCUGGUGGGCCAGAGCGGGGUGAAGGGUUCUCCUCCGUCUCCCUCGGGCAGCCUGGUUGCUCCCCGUUCCUCUGUGGGUCUGCUCCCUCCACCUGCAUCCCUCUGCCUCUCUCUCUCCCCAUGGUCUCCCUCUCUGCUGGGAUGCUGGCUGUCAAGCAUGUGGCUUUGGCUUGACCUGCCACUCAUCUGCUGGCAGCACACAGGACCACAUGGCAGGGGAUAAGCCGGGAGGUGGGGAAUCAGGCCAAUGGGCUCAGAGGCUGCCGGGGACCACGGUGGGGACAAUUUCAGCUGAGUGAUGGGGCAGGAGAGGAUGGCAGAGCGGGUGAGGAGCAGGUGGAAGUCCCGAGUGCAGAGGACUCUUUCAAGGACAUCGGUGGCCGACGCGGCGUGGGAACUCAAGGCCGCAGGGUUGAGAGAGGAGUCUGGGGACCGGGAGGCUGCGCGUGGUCAGGAGAGGGGAGAGGAGGAGGCAGCGAAUGGGGGAGACUGACUUUCCGUCCACAGAGCAGAGUGUCCAUCACUGAUGGGUACCAUCUGGGAGGGCCAGGGGUUCAGGGCUCCAGGGCACACGGGGAGCAGUGGUCUCCAGAGUCAGGCAGGACGGGGACCUAGAAGAUUCAGGGGGCUCAAGGGGGAGAGUCAGCCCAGCUGCCACCGGACUUGCUUUCUCCUGCCUUUCGUCGGCGUCAUGCCCUGAGCCCUGGAAUGUCCCGGGGCUGCGCUAGGGGCCGAGAAGGAGGAAACCCCUGGGCCCUGGCCUUAGGGAUCUUACAGGCCAGUAGGUCCAGCACAUCACGGUCCUUGUCUUGCUUAACCGGAAAGCCCUCGGGGAAUGAACUUUGACAGUCCUCACGGCCCCUCACACCGCCUGGCUGCCUGCCCGAGGACAACCAUCAUUCUCGCUGGAAGUUCCACCUUGUCUCUGACCUCCUGUAGCUGUUUCAGGCCCUCCCCAGUGAGGAGGGCUUGUCACAUGGCUUGGGGCUCGUGGAGGAGACCCAGUGUGUAGGUGACCUCGCUGAGCCCGCAGAGCGUGCGUAUGAUCCAGGCCACCCACCCCUUAGAACAGCCAGGAGCUGGAAGAUGGCCCUACCCAUGGCAUCUUCUAGGGGAGCUGCAGAUGGACCUAAUGUCCACCCUAGCCUGCGACCCCCGGCCCAGACACUCAGGGAGGAUGUCAGAGGUCACCUCUGCCCCCAACCCUGGCUCCCAGCCUGCUGCCCCGCCCCUCCCGGGCCUGGGCCGCUGGCAUCCGCUUUAUCGGGAUUCUCGAGAGGGACAGCUGGUUUCUGUUACAUGCCUGCUCUCUCCUCUGUUCCCCGCAUAUCUGUUCUGGUUUUAAAUAGCUUAUCUGAGCAAC